ACUUUCUCCUUUUUUUUAAGGACUUCUAGAAAAGGGGAGGAAGGAUCCUUCAUCCCCCUCUUAUUUCCCUUCCGUAAGCCCCCCCCAGAGGUCUUGUCGCCCUUCCGCCUUGCGGGGAUUCAGCCCGGUCUCUAGUCCGUGUCGGGAUGGGAGCCCGUUUCAGGACCCACACACGGCGCGCGCAUCUUAGCCAAACCACUUCGGGCAGUCACAAACGCGCCCUCCUGAGCAUUUUCUCGGCCGUCUCUCCCGCACAGGGCCCGCCCGCAGAGACCGCUCCUGCCCCCGCCUAAAGCGGCCGCACCUGCGCCCUGCGGGACAGUGGCCCUUUCUCUCGCUCCCUUUUGGCUUUUUUUUUUCCCUUCUGUCAGACGGGAGGGUGGGGCCUUCCCCUUUAAUCCCAGCCCCACCUGCUCUGGUCAGACAGGUUUGGAGCUGCGGGGAAAGGGAGGGAGACCCACGAAGAAAUACUUGCAGAGCCAGAAGGGAGCGGGAGCAGCGCUUUUCCCGGAUGGGCCCCGGGAGCCCCCUUGGGUCUCUCUAGAUGGAAAGGUGACGACAGUCCAGUAUUAUAUCCCAGAACCUAGGCAUUUGGGGCCUUCCAUGCACCAGCAUGACAGAACCUGAAGUUUUGGCUAUGCUGGAGAUAAAGGGGCAAGAUGCCCUUGAGAAGAAUUUGCCCCAGCCCCUCAUCCCUAAUGGACUCAGACCAGAGGGGGAAGAUGGGCAAGAGCUUGUUCCUUGUGAGAAUGAGACAGGGAAGGUUGGCAGUGAAGCUACUACUUUGCCCUGGGUGAGGACAUCACUGGAUACUGGCCCCGAGCCCAGUGCCCCCUUCCCAGACACCCCUGAUUGGCAGGGAUGUGAUAAAGAACCCAUUCUAGCUGAACCACCGCUAAAGUUGGAGGAACCAAUUGAGGAAGACGUUAACCUGAUGCCUGAACAAGCAGCUCGAGCAUUUGUUCCAAUUGACCCACAGUGCAUUGAGAGGAGACCCCAAGAAGAGCUCAUUGUCCACUGUGACAAAAAAGUUGAGGGUGAAUGCCAGGCUUUUCUGUUGCCUCGGGCUGCCCGAUCCGAAGUCCCUGAAAGGAAAUGGGCAGAGGCAGCAGUUGCACCUUCUUCCCAUUGUGGGAGUUGUAGAGGCUGUGGCCGAGAUGGAUUGAGGGCCGUGGCCUCUUUUGGGGCUGCUCUCAUCCUCUUCCCCUGCCUGUUAUAUGGAGCUUAUGCCUUUCUGCCUUUUGAUGCCCCCCGCCUGCCCACCAUGAGCUCCCGACUCGUCUACACGCUCCGCUGUGGGGUUUUUGCCACCUUUCCCAUAAUUCUGGGACUCCUGGUCUAUGGCCUUUCCUUGUUGUGCUUUUCCGCACUCCAUCCCUUUGGGGAACAACAGAGAGAAGUUGAAAUCCACAGGCGAUACGUGGCUCAGUCUGUCCAGCUCUUCAUUCUCUAUUUCUUCAACCUGGCCGUCCUUGCCACCUACCUGCCCCAGGAUACCCUCAAGCUGCUACCUUUGCUCACUGGCCUCUUCGCCAUCUCCCGGCUGGUGUAUUGGUUGACUUUUGCAGUGGGCCGGUCUUUCCGAGGCUUUGGCUAUGGGCUGACUUUCUUGCCACUGCUCUCGAUGCUGGUGUGGAAUCUCUACUACAUGUUCCUGGUGGAGCCUGAGCGGAUGUUCACUGCCACGGAUAGCCGGCUUGACUACCCAGACCACGCUCGAGUUGCUGACUAUAAGCCACACCUCUGGGGGUGAUACCAGCUUCUGUCUGGUCUUGAUGUUCUCUGGUUUCCCUCUAAACUCUAGGGAAUUGAGAUAAUCCAGAACUCUUCACUGAACACUUUGGAUAUGUAAUCUCUGCCCUUUGGCUUCCCAGACUGUGACCUUUUAAACCUUACCAAUCCUUGACUCUGAUGUUGGGGUGGGUGGUGGGAGUAUGAGGCAGGGAACACAUGUAGCAGAGGCAACUUCAUCCUAAAGCCCCUUGAGGCUUAUUAACUGCCUUGAUUUUUAGCAUUGGUGCAAGGAAUUCCUACCUCUUAGAGAGAAUAAAAUUAGGAAAAGCAAAAUCCUUGUUUUUAUUAGGUCUUAAUUAUUUUAAGAGAUAACCUAUGGGACAAUUUAA